CGUUUUUGCAGCUCUUUUAGAUUAAAGUGUUGCGGGAAUGGUGGAAAUUGUUUUGUGCGAAAUUGCGGAUGAAGUAGCUCCAGAUUGUACCGAGGAACCUUCGGAGUUCCGCUUUGACAAGCGGCGAUGGCUGUUCAAAGAAGCCCUCAUUGGGCAUAAGGAGGAGAUUCUAAUUUGCAUCGAGAGUUGUCACAGUGCAAGGACGAGAAAGCUAAAAUUCAGGGCAAUUAAGAACGUCCUGGUCCUCUGCCAUGAAGAAACGCACCUUCGAGCCCGCGACAUUGAGAUGCAAGUGGCAGAAACCCUUUUGCCCCUCAUCUUCAAGGACUUCAAAACGAGCCUGGAGUUCGAAGUGGCCCAGCAGGAGCUAGAGCACCAGCGACCCCUCAAAACAUAUGUGACCACCAAGCUGUACGAUGCCCUCUACGACAAACAUGGCCAGUCCAAGGAUCCGGCUCAGGAACUGGCCCUCAACAUACCCGAAAGAUUUCAAUCCCGGCUACGCAAGUACCAGGAGCGCACUGUGUCCUGGAUGUUGCGACGGGAGCAACAAAGCACCCAACUGCCAGCCAACUACACAGUUCUCCAUGCCGUUGACGGCAGAAAUCGCGUCUUCAAACACAACUACUGCCUGCAGUUCUACGCAUUCGAGGAGGAGUUUCCCAAGAUCACCCUGCCGCCUGGAGGCAUCCUGGCUGACGAGAUGGGACUGGGCAAGACCGUUGAGUUUCUGGCCAUGCUGCUGAUGAAUCCCCGGCCGCAGGACUCCUUCAGAAACGAGUACUGGCACCAAAGGCUGGAUGAGAUUGCUGACGAUGUCCCACUGAAGCGGGCCCGUAGGCACAAAAACGAAGAGGUUUUCUGCAUCUGCACCCAGAAACGCGGAAAACGAGUGCAGUGCAGCAAGUGCCUUCGGUGGCAACACGAAAUGUGUAUGCAUGUUUUGCUUACCAAGCAAGAUGUUCCCCACCUGUGUCCCAACUGCUGGUCCGAGCUGGCCAAAUCCGGGGACAGACUGGUUGAAACUGGCGCCACUAUCAUUGUCUCUCCCAGCUCCAUAAUGAUGCAGUGGUUCCAAGAGAUAAACAAGCACAUAUCGCCGAGCCUUAAAGUGUUUUCUUACUCGGGCCUGCACUCCUCCUGGUGGGUCAGUCCUCUCGAGCUGUCCAAGUAUGAUGUGGUGCUCACCGAUUAUACGAUACUGCGCAACGAAAUAUACCACACGACGGACUACAAGUCAGACCGUCAAAUGCGUCAUAAGCAAGUGUACAUGCGGCCCGACUCCCCGCUCCUUAUGGUAAACUGGUGGCGUGUCUGCCUGGAUGAGGCACAGAUGGUCGAGAGCAACACUUCAGCAGCCGCGGAAAUGGUCAGGAUGCUGCCGGCCAUCAAUCGCUGGGCUGUAACCGGCACAAUCGACGACCUGCCGCCUCUGCUGGAGUUCGUGGGUCGGCCAGAGGUCUGCAGGCCACCGGAUGCCUGGUCAACUGUGGACAAGGCGUUCCAGCUGAACUACAAGUGCGAACCUCUGCUGGAACUGCUCGUGCACAGCCUGUGGCGAACCUGCAAGUCCAAGGUGGAGCACGAACUGGGCAUUCCGCCGCAAACGGAAGUGGUACACCGCUUGGAGUUGAGCAAUGUGGAGUCGCUGUACUACCGGGAGGAGCACCUCAAGUGUCAUGAGCAAUUCCUUGCAGCUGUGGCCAAGCACACACGACACAACGCAGACAACAGCUCCUGCCUGGCCUCCAUCUCGCCGCAGUUGCUGCGCAUCAUUCUAAAGCCCUUUCUUCGCAUCCGCCAGACCUGCUCAGUACCCGUGGUGCUCAACAGCAAUGUGUCCAGCACGGACUACCUGAAUCCGCAGGACCUGCUGAUUCGUCUCAAGUCCAACAAUGAGAACGAGUGCAAGACGGAGCUGCGAAGCUGGGCGUCCUCCUACAACGGCCUGGCGGCUAUACACUUUAUUAAGGAGGAUUUCCCUCAGGCCAUCAAGUAUUACAAACUUCUAUUGAAGCUGGCUGCAGAUUAUAACGAUCAGAUUAUAUCUGUGGACAGUGUGCUCCAGAUUCAUGCCAUCUAUAACCUCCUACAGGCCAGUGAAUUGGCUGCCACUGCAGACAAGAUAACCGAGCUGGAGCAAAGCAACUAUCAAGCUCAAAUGAAGCGACUAGAGUGGAAAUAUUUGCAGGACAGUACAGCCGUGCUAGAAAGCGCACUUUGUUGUUUUGAGGAGAAGCUCAAAGAAGUUUGCGAGCUAGAGGCUCAGUCCGAGUACAGCACUGUGGAUCUGCUGGCCGCGAUGGUGAACCACAAAGUCUCUCUGCAUGAUGCCAUGUGGAACAAGGUCCGGGAUGAUUUCUUCCGCCAAAAUAUCUCUGUGGAAAGGCUCGAUAAUGUCAGUUCCAUGAACGGAAUGCUUUACUUGAUAGAUCUGUGGCAUAUGAAACUACAAAAGUUAAAAAGUAAUUUACUAACUGAGUUUGAAUACCUGAAAGGAGUUAUGCAGGAUGCGUGUGGGGCUGUCAAAACAGGCAAGGUCCUCUCUCAGGAAAUAAAUAACUUUAUAGGAAGCGUUACCGAUUGCCAUUUGGCAGAAAUAUUGGACGAGAAUAAGGACAAGGCAGAUAAGCCCAAAAAGAAACGUCAUUGUCGCUUGUGCCAGAUUCGCGAUUCUUUGAAUCAGUUUGAGUGUCUACUCUUUGCUAAAAAGCUGGACGAAGAGGCUACUGUUACCGAGGGUCUGGAAAAUCCCAGCAUGGAAAUAAGUCUCAUAAAAUCUAUCUUUUCCUUCCUGCGCACCAAGCCGGAGUUCAGUGAGUGGAAAGCGGAGUGCCAGAGCAGUCUUGAUUUGCUGGGCUGUCUGCAGGAUCUGGUCAAGUUUCAAAUUAAGUACUGGAUUGAGGUGGAGUACAUGGUCAAGGCUUUUGACGAACUGGAGAUGUGCAAGAUGCGCAUCCUUCUAACCGACGAUCCCGAGGAGCAAUCGAACUACCGCAUACUGCCCUGCCAGCUGGACGAGCAGAUGGAGUUCAAUCAGUACAAUCUGCACGAGUCGCAGCUGAAUUUCACGCGGCUGUGUGGUCGGUUGAAGUACCUGAAGCAUCUGAAAGAGGAUACCACCGACAAGCCUUGUCCCAUCUGCCAGACUCAGGAUGAUGUGAGGUAUGUGAUGAUGGUAUGCGGACAUUUUGUGUGUCAGCACUGCCUGGACAACAUGAAGAAGAAGUAUGCCCGUGAUGGCGUCACCAAAUGUCCUCUCUGUCGACAGGACUCGCCACAGCUAUACUAUUCGGUGCGUCCCGGGGCCCAUAAAUCUAUAGUCGGAGACUUCUCUACAAAAAUUGCAAACAUUGUGGAGCUAGUGCUGAAAAUUAAGACCGACAAUGAACAGGAUAAGGUGCUGAUCUUCUCCCAAUGGCAGGCGAUACUUCUUCAAAUUGCCAGAGCCCUCAAUCUUAACGGCAUACAAUUUCGCAACAAGUGCACCAAUAAGGAUUUUGAGGACUUCAAGGAUCCCUUUAGCAAUGUCACCUGUCUACUGAUGCCCCUUUCUAAGGGUUCUAAAGGCUUAAACCUGAUCGAAGCCACUCAUGUUUUCCUGGUGGAACCGAUUCUUAAUCCAGGCGACGAACGCCAGGCCAUUGGUCGCAUCCACCGAUUUGGCCAAGAAAAACCCACAAAGGUUCAUCGUUUCAUUGUGAAUGGAACAAUCGAGGAGAACAUUCUCUCGCUAAUUACUUCAGCAGAUGACACGAAGACUCUGGGCACACACUGGGAUUUGGAGAACAUGACUCUCGAUAGCCUCAAGAAGCUAUUCAUACUCAAGGAGAAAGAGUAGAAUCAACAAAAGUUCAACUAAUUUAAGGUUUUUUUUUGUAUGUACCCUUGCAAAGGGUAGAACGUUCCGGUUAGGAUUAACACUGGGUCUAAGUACACAUAUAUAAGAUUAAGCCAAUUUUUUCAUCAGUAAUAAGACAACAACUUAGCUGCCAAGAUAAGAUCAAUCUACCAAAAUAUAAAUCUGCCACUACUUUAAU